AUGUCUGAGGCACUGCCUUGCCCUGGCAGUGAGACCCCUGCUCUAGGCUGCAGGCUGGGGACCCUGUACUGGGCCUGUGUCUACAAUAACCCUGCCCAGCUCCAAGCCAUACUGGAUGGUGGGGUCUCCCCAGAGGAGGCCACCCAGGUGGACAGCAAUGGGAGGACAGGCCUAAUGGUUGCAUGCUACCACGGCUUCGGGAAUGUUGUGGUCCUGCUCAGCCGCUGUCCUUUCCUUGAUGUGAACCAGCAGGACAAAGGUGGGGACACGGCUCUCAUGCUGGCUGCCCAAGCAGGCCACGUGACUCUGGUGAGCCUCCUGCUCAACUACUACGCAGGCCUGGACCUGGAGCGCCGGGACCAGCGGGGGCUCACAGCGUUGAUGAAGGCUGCCGUGCGGAACCGCACUGAAUGUGUGGCCGCCCUCCUCAUGGCAGGUGCUGACCUGACAGCGGUGGAUCCCGUUCGGGGCAAGACGGCUCUGGAGUGGGCCCUGCUGACUGACAGCUUCGACACAGUGCUGAGGAUCCGGCAGCUGCUGCGGAGGCCCCAAGUGGAGCAGCUCAGCCAGCAUUACCAGCCCGAGUGGCCAGCCUUGCCCCAGCUCGUGGCCCAGGCAAAGGCCCAGACUACCCCAUCCCUCUUGGAGCGGCUGCAGGCCACCUUGAGCUUCCCCUUUGUCCAGUCUCCUCAGGAGGGGGGUGUCCUGGACCACUUUGUGACCAUUACAACCAGCCUGGCCAGUCCCUUCCUCACCACUGCUUGCCACACUCUGUGUCCUGACCGCCCACCUGCACUGGGCACCCGCAGCAAGUCUGUGCCAGAGCUGCUAGGUACUGUCCCGCCCCCUCCCCUGGUCUCUGAGUCCCCCCAGGUAGUCCCUGGCCCCCGGGGCUUUGUCCCCUACCAGAGCCCUCAGGGCACAUUGAGCAUAUGCCCUCGAUGGCUACAGCCCAGGGAUGGUACCAGCCCCAGGCCCCGAGUCCCCAAGAUCCGCCUUUCCAGGUCACCCUUUUCCUUCAGCCAGUACAAGCCAAAGCCCAGGCCUACAGGGCAUCAAAGCCUGGCCCUUCCUCUCUGGCGAUACCAGGAGCUCAGGAUGGAAAGGAGGCAGGAAGAGGCGAGAUGGACACAGAAGCAAGGGAAGCUGGACUAG